AUGGGUUCUCCGCGCGGUGCGGACGACCACCCGCCACGCCACUGCUUCGGCCGCUUCCCCGCCCAGGACCGACAUCGGGACCCGUCCUCGGACGACCGGCUCUUCGGCGGCCCCGAGAACCUCGCCGCACACCCGAGGCGCGCCCCGCUGGAGCAGGCGAGGCGCGCCGCGCUGGAUGAGGCUGCGGCGGCGCCGACGCAGGGCGUGCGGCGGCCGCCAGGGCUGCGCAGGGCGGCCGCGACCACCCGCGGUGCCGGGGCUGGCACGCCCGCGGCCGGCACCGGCGAGGCCAGCACGUCUUCUCCCCGCUUAUCCAGCAGCGGCACCGAAGCUGGCACGUCCGCGACAGCUGAGCUCCAAUGA